UCAGCACUACAAAGAAAAUGAAUAGUAAAUUGCAUAUCGUGGAGGGAGAGCCGCAGAAUCAAGCAUGGCAGGAAGACAAGGAGCCAAAAGCCGAUGAUCCGAGUAAGAAGAGCUCUGCUGUUGAAGUUGAGCAAGUUCCAAGCGGAGAGAAUUGCAAGAAAUCCAAACAGAAGAAAAAGAAGGACGAUAGCUUGCCACAUCAGAAUCCUGAGGCCUGGUCGUCAGAACCUGAUGGUGAAGAUUUCUUUGUAUCUUCUCCACUUAAGAAAAAGUCUUCUGCGAAGGACUUGGAGACAAAGGUCCCAGAUGUAGUCAUGGAAACACCACUAGAUGUUGCCAAGAAGAAGCAAAAGCAAGAUGGGAGCACUGCCAUGAAAUCAUCUGAAAGGUUGUCUCCUUCUGUUGUUGAGGGUGAACCUGGAAGCACUGCGAAGAAAAUGAAGAGGAAAUUGCAUAUCGUGGAGAGAGAGACGCAGAAUCAAGCAUGGCAGGAAGAUAAGAAAACAAAAGCCGAUGAUCCGAGUAAGAAGAGUUCUGCUGUUGAAGUUGAGCAAGUUCCAAGCGGAGAGAAUUGCAAGAAGUCCAAAAAGAAGAAAAGGAAGGACGAUAGCUUGCCACAUCAGAAUCCUGAGGACCAGUCUUCAGAACCCGAUGGUGAAGAUUUCUUUGUAUCUUCUCCACUGAAGAAAAAGUCUUCUGCGAAGGACUCGGAGACAAAAGCAAGAUGGAAGCACUGCCGUGAAUUCAUCUGA